AUGGCGGAGACUCGCUUAUUUUUCACCUCAUCUGCUACUAAAACUGGAUCAUCCCUCAUUAAAAGAGGAAGCUUGCACGAAAGGUUGAACGAUGUCCCACGACCGCCAAAAUAUCGCGGCAGAGUAGCUCCACCGAGUCGCCUUUUCCCUACAUUGAAUGUCACUCGACCCGCCAAUAGCCGACAGCAGGAUAUGCGAAAAGGCUACCUUGGUCGAAAGAAAACGGCAACCAUGACGAUUUGCUCGAUUAUGAUUUGGUGGAAAAGACAGAUGCAAAUGGUACGAAAUUGCGCUAUGGAGUCUAUUCCUGAAGAGUUGUAG